AUGGCGCCUCAGCCCUGGCGAGCGCUGGUGGCCAGCCUGUGUCUGUGGCUCUGCUUGUGUGGCCAUGGGGGUGGCUUGGGUUGCAGCCAUGCACAGCUGGCAUACUCAGUACGUUUUGGCCACAAUGCGAACCCAACAAGAAGCAUCCACGUGAGCUAUGGUGGCAGCAGCCCCAUGGUCCUGCAGCACUACUGCAAGGGGCAUGGUCCUGACAAAGGGGAGCCAAAGGCGGCAAUGUACCUGGGGAAGGAUGUUUUCAUCAGCCUGGAUGCUUUUGAGAGCAGCCUCUCCCCACUCUCCAUCCCAGACGAGCUUGAGGCUAAGGAAGCUAUUGUCAGCGCCAUCACAUUCGUGCACAAGGACAGGAUCUCGGUGGUGGUGAACAGCCAGGCCUACAUGUAUGUCAAGAGCCUCAACAGCAGGCGCUCAGUCUCCAACAGCCAUAUCUUCCUUUCACAGGAUGGGGGCUACAUGUUUACAUGCUUUGAGACUAGUACAAGAGAGCAAGGAGUGCUGCUCAGGGUCUACAACUUCAUCUCCUUUGCCAUGACCAGCCUGCUGAUUGACAGAAGAGGAGAGGAUGGGGCAGGGAAGGCAGCAGGGACCUAUUUCAGGUACAAUGGUACCAAAACCAGCCAUGUGUCCAACCACAUCUCUACCACCUUCCACCUGCUGCCCAAAGGCCCUGAUAAGCUUUGGAGUAUCCAGAAUCUUGCCUUGAGGGGUUUCAUCACCCUCUGGACAACAGAUACUUCAUUUCUAUCGGCCAACAAUGGCUUGAUCAUGGAAGAAUUAGCAGUCUGGGGAUCUCAGCAGUCCUGCAGUGUGGAGAUCCUCACAGGAGACUUCUGGAACAAGAUAUAUUACAUUGACAUGCAUGAAAGUCUGACUUUGAAGGCCAUAUUUGUGCCCAACCCAGGGAAGAGGUCAGUGAGCAACCCCCAUGUGCUGGCUUUCAGUGCAUGUGUAAUAGAGGUGCAAUUUACAUAUGGCAGAAACACCAAAUACCUCUUGCAUAUAGUUCAGGAUCAGCAGUAUUUCUCUGAAUUUGCAGGCGCUGACUUCUGCGAUGGCGUACGUGAUGGAGAGAUGUCUGCUGUCACUGUGGACAUCCCUGACAACCCAAUCGGUUGUACUGAUGUGGCUCCCCUGACUGCACAUGUUGCAGUGGCUUGUCCACCUACAAAGCACAUCAGAAUUGUAAAACAUGUAACAGCAUGUGACAAAAGCCUCAUUCAGGAAGCAGCACUGAGAAAUAAUUUCAGUUAUACAAUCAGCCAUAACAUAUACAACUCAGACUUUCUUGCCAGAAAACAUAUACAGCAGGACGAUCUACAGAUCAACUACAACUUUACAAAUCUGGGAUGUCCUCUUCCGGUAUAUUACAAAAAUCCUUGGAAUAGAUUUCAGGAGCACGUCCCUGCUGAAUUUGUUCUGUUUGAUAUAAAUGGAAUGCAUAACCAUGAUCAUGUUUUGACUGCGCAUGAUGCCCACUGCAUCUCUCAACCUCAAAAUUGGACUUUUUUGUUAGAGGAACAGGAGUCUCCAGAUCCAAAUACUGCAUGGACCAGAAGAAACUACAUGAGCUGUAAGGACAGAAAUGGACUUGAAUUAAAGUGGCCCUCAAUCAAGUAUCAGGUUCCCGAUGGAGAUAAAAAUAAGAUCAUUUUCCCUCCCUAUAAUGGUCUAUAUAUCUUUAAUGCCAUUGUACUGGAUACAUUUUACAGUUGUUAUGAUUUAUCUCAGUAUAUGUCUGUGGUGCUCUUCCCAGGAACUACCUACAUUUUUGGGCAUCACUGA